GUAGUUUCAUGGUGAGGUGACAGCUUGACAAUCGCAUUGAAUAAAUGACCCAUCAACAAAGUAACAAUUGGCAACAAGGACAAUUUCAUUACUUGUCGGCAAGGCUUCUUGUAGCAAGGUGGCUUCCAAGGUGGGGACUGAAGCAAAAAAACAUGUUAUUGACUGGUAGACUCUGGACUUAGAAUAGUCUUGAACAGAUUUAUAUUGGCUGGAUUUUGAAAUUUGCGAUCAAUUUAGGAAAACCACUGUUAAAAGUGACGGGAGAGAAAGCUAUUUUUGUUGAAAAUUCAAACUAACGUAUUAGGACAAAAUGCUUAAGCUGCUCAUCUUAUCCAUUCUCAGAUACUUUGUUUAGACACAAGAAUGAUGCACAGAAUUAUGAAUACUUUGACAUGCUCUAUGUACAUUUUUAUCUUGUAUCUCUUACACCUACAACUCCUUGUACUUGCUGAUAAUGCCAGUUAUGUUCCUUCGGAGAACAUAGUUCUCAACUGCGGGUCCAACGUAUCAAAUGUAGUAGAAUAUGUUGAUGGCAGGAAUUGGAGUGGUGACAUUGCAUCACCCUAUAUGCCCUCCGAUGCUGACACCAAGUUCCUGGUAGCCAGAGCCCCUAACACUCUUCAAUCUAUUCCUGAAGUUCCCUACAUGACUGCUAGGAUCUUUCAGUCUCAAUUCACCUACACAUUCAAUGUAACCCCAGGUCCCAAAUUCAUUCGCCUUCACUUCUACCCAGCUUCCUACUUGAAUCUCAACUUGUCCAAUGCUUUCUUAUCAGUAAGUGCUGCUAACUUCACUCUUCUCCAUAACUUCAGUGUUUCCCUCAACGCUGAUUACUUAAAUGUAAACUAUUUCAUGAAAGAAUUCAUUGUCCAUGUAAGUGGGAGAGUUUUAGAACUCACUUUCACCCCAACAUAUAAUGCUUCUGAUGCCUAUGCAUUUGUGAAUGGGAUUGAAGUUGUUUCAAUGCCACUUGGUUUAUACAGUCGUGGUGAUGAUGCUCCUCUUCCUUUAGUUGGUCACUAUCCCGAGCUUGUGUACAUCUAUAAUGAUUCUGCCAUGGAAAACAUAUGCAGAUUGAAAGUAGGAGGCGAGCAAAUUCCACCCAAAUAUGACACAGGCAUGUUUCGCACUUGGGACACUGAUGGUGCUUACAUUUUAGGGAGUGAUACUGGUAUUGAACCCUUUGAUAUGAGCAUGCCAGUUUUGUAUGAUGGUAAUGCUCCACCAUAUUUAGCCCCGGCAGAUGUCUACCGCACAUCUCGUUCAAUGCGUACUUUUGAAAAAGGCCUUAUCAAUUUAAAUUACAACAUGACAUGGUUUUUUCCCGUUGAUUCAGGUUUUUUUUAUCUAGUUAGGCUUCACUUCUGUGAAAUUUAUCACGGUAUAACAAGGGUCAAUGAGGUAGUUUUUACUGUGUUUUUAAAUAAUCAAACAGCUGAAGAACAAUUUGAUCCAAUUGCUUGGAGUGGGAGGCCAGGAGUUGCUAUACAACUAGACUAUGUCGUGAAGGUUCCCAAAGUUAACGAGGCAAAGCAGGAUUUGUGGCUUGAUCUACACCCAUACAAGGAUUCUAAACCUAUGUAUUAUAAUUCUUUCUUGAAUGGUGUGGAGAUCUUUAAACUGAGCAAUUUUGAUGAUAGGAAUCUUGCAGGGCCCAACCCUUCUCAAAGCUUCGUGUCUGGAUCAGAUGUAAAGCCUCACCAUGUUGCACAAUUUAAGAAAAGUUCAGAGAAAUUAAAAUUCAUCAUAAUUGGAUGUGGACUUGGUACAGUGGUACUACCAAUUCUCCUUUGCUUAGUUCUAUUCAGGUUAAAGGUGAUUAGACCUAGAAAGGUCAUGUCAUGGUGCGGUCUUGCUGUCCACACUCCUAAUCAAAUUGAAAAGGCAAAGAAGUCAUCAUUUUGCAGUCAUUUCCCAAUAAGAGAGAUAAAAGUGGCAACAAAUGACUUCGAUGAGGCUCUACUUAUAGGCACUGGUGGAUUUGGAAGUGUUUACAAGGGUAGCUUUGAUGGUGGGGCAACUUCUGUGGCCAUAAAACGUGCCAAUCCAAUGUCACACCAAGGUGUUUCAGAAUUCGAGACAGAGAUCCUUUGGCUCUCACAGCUUAGGCAUGCCAACCUAGUCUCACUUUUGGGUUACUGCAAUGAAGAUGGGGAGAUGAUAUUGGUCUAUGACUUCAUGGACAAUGGAACUCUAUAUGAACAUCUUCAUUUGAGGCAGAGAGAUCAACCCCCUUUGUCUUGGAUUCAACGUCUUGAGAUAUGCAUUGGAGUUGCAAGGGGUUUACACUACCUACACACUGGCACAAAGCACAGGAUCAUCCACCGUGACAUAAAGACAACCAACAUACUCUUAGAUCAUAAUUGGGUGCCAAAAAUUUCAGAUUUUGGUUUGUCAAAGGCAGGUUACCCUUCCAUACUCAUCACCAAUGUCAAGGGUAGUAUUGGUUACCUAGAUCCUGAGUGUUUUCAAAGCCACAAGUUGACUGAGAAAUCUGAUCUAUACUCACUUGGGGUGGUGUUACUCGAGAUUCUAAGCACAAGGCCUGCGGUAAUUGUAGGUGAAGAUGAUGAGCAUGUAAACUUGGCCGAAUGGGCUAUGUUGUGCUUUGAGAAUGGCAACUUGGAGCAAAUAGUUGACCCCAACUUGAAAGGAAACAUAGUUGAAGAGUGCUUUGAGUUAUAUUUAGGAUUUGCAAUGAAAUGUUUGGCUGAAAGAGGGGUGGAGAGGCCAUCCAUUGGUGAAGUGCUACAGAACCUUGUUUUAGCGAUGCAUCUUCAGAAAAAGGGUGGUGUUGUCCCCGAUGGAAAUGUUCAAAGAAAUGAUAAUUCUGGUUUACAGGGUUAUUCAGAUUUGACACCUGGGGUCGAGUUCUCUGAAAUCAUGAUGCCUGUUGGUCGGUGAAUGUGAUCUACUCGAAACAAAUAGCCUUAAUGUUUUAGAUAUUAAGACAUUUCCAUUUCAAAUAAUUUGAUUAGUAAUUCCUAUUUUAUGAAAAUGUUACGGAGGUUAGAUACUAACCAGAAAUCAUUGUGUACUGAAUUAUUAGUAAUUUUUUUAAUUGGUAAAUAUUAAUUGUUCAUGAUUAAUUUUUUGUUA